UAAACAGCGCAGUGAGUAACGGAGCAGAAUUACCCGGUGGUAACAGAGUGGGAACUGUUUGAAGACGUUUGUUUUUCCCGGUGUAUUUAGAGAUGAGUUAGCGGGCUGUGGAGGAUGGACAGACCGAAGUACUUCACUCCCUCCGAGGUCUCCGCUCACAACACCGCGGCCGACCUGUGGGUGUCGUUUCUGGGCAGAGUGUGUGACCUGACCCCGCUGAUGGAGCAACACAAAGGAGACAACCUCCUGUUACCCAUCAUGCAAUGUGCCGGUAAGGACAUCAGCUCCUGGUUCGACCCUGAAACCAAAGACAUCCUGAGAUACAUAGAUCCAGUGACUAACUGUGAGCGGUACUACACCCCCAGGGGGCGCUUUGUGCACACCCCCCCAGCCGGCCCUCGCUCAGACUGGGCCAGUGUCAAGGGCCCCCCCUGGUGGAAGGACGGGCGCUACGAGGUGGGACUGCUAUCGACCAAAGCCAGGUGGAUACGAGUCGUCAACACGCUGACAUCACAGGAGCAGAGACUGCAGGUGUGUUCAGAGGAGACUCUGGAUGAGAUCCUCCGGCGUUACCUGCGCUACAACUCCCACGCUCGCAGCUACACCUGGAAACACAACGGAGGCGUCCUGGACAUGAGCCUGACGCUCGGCGAGAACAACGUCCUCGACGAAGACCGGGAGCUCGAGCAGCUGAGACUGGACCGAGACCUCUUCACCCCCGCCAUCCUGCUGCACUUCAACGACGACCUGACCGAGGGCUGAGCUCGGAGCUCAUCGACCACGACCGACACACCAAGGAUUAAAGAAAAUCUUAUAAAAACUCUACAGCUACGUGUGUGGGCGUUACAACCAGAAUGCUCAUGAGGAAAUCAAAUUACUGAAAGUCAGAUUUAAAACCCACUUUGUUGAGUUUGACAUUUAAGACGGACGUUAUUCACAUUGAUGAUGUUAAAGCAGUUAAAGUGUUAUUGAACCCCACAUCAACACGUCUUCAUAUUAAAGUUGACUUGUUGAACUGA